GCACUCAAAAUGCUAAGACACACAGCCUCUGUGCUAAAGCCAGCUAACUUCCUAAUACUAGUAACGUACUAAGAAGCAUAAAUAAUACAGCUUAACGUCUUUGUUUGGGGUACAAGCUUCUACUCAAACAUGACAAAAGAUAGUUGGAGUGGUGUUUGUUUUGCUAAAAGUGUGUGCGUGUUGACGUUACCUCCAUGUUAGCUGAUAGGCUGUGGAGGGCCGCCAUGUUGACGUAGCAGGAAGAGGUUGGUGCUCGCCCCCUCGGCGUGGGACGGGCGCCUCUGUCACACACACACACACACACACACACACACACACACACACACACACACACACACACACACACACACACACACACACACACACACACACAGUAAGAGACUUGGACGGACGCACAGACACAACAAGCCGAUCUUCCACCGCCGAGAGCCGAGGACCGUCUUGGAUCGGAUUCUCCCCUUUUUGCUUCUUGCUCAUGCGGGCACAAGUUGUGGACUACACCCGGUAGAACUCCCUGGUCUUUUUCGGAGUGCCUUGACGGUGGAUGGAAUUGGCAGGAGGAGGACGGUGAUGGCCACACGCUCGCACCUUCUUUGACAGAACCGUGAAAAAGCAUCUGAGCGUCCCAGAAAAGCGACCCACCUCCUCACCGGGCCGGUCCGCCAUGCCCAUCCUCAAGCAGCCGGUCCACUCCCAGCCGUCCAAGCGGCGAUCCCGGAUCGACCUGACGGCGGAGAUGAUCAGCGCCCCGCUGGGGGACUUCCGCCAUACCAUGCACGUGGGGCGAGGCGGCGACGCCUUCGGGGACACGUCCUUCCUCAGCACUCGCUCGGGAGAGGGCCCCGACGGGGACGCCAAGAGCGGCUCUCCGCGUCCCAAGUCCGGGCUUCUGUCCCGCACCUUCCGAGGCAGCAAGCGCUCCCAUUCGGUCAACCGGGGGGACAAGUACGAGUACGCCGCCGUGCCCUCCGCCGGCUCGGCCAACUUGGUGAAAAACGCCAUUUCCCUGCCGUACCUCAACCACCAGGGGGGGAAUGGAGGCGGGCGCCUGGCAAAGAGCGUGUCCUCCAGUCCCAUGAAGAAGCUGGAGGAAGUGGAUACCAAGCCGGUGAACGGUGCCGUCGCCAUCGCCACGUUUGACGCUGAGUUCGACGAGCGCAGUUUUGGCCAUCUGGGCGACUUGCCGCCGUCCGUGCCCAAAGGUGGCGGCAUGAAGCACGCCGAGUCUAUGAUGUCCUUCCAUAUUGACCUCGGACCCUCCAUGCUGGGGGACGUCCUGAGCGUGAUGGAGAGGAAAGACAACGAGGAUGCGGACCUCGGCUACGAGGAGGGCAAAGGAAGCGAAGGCCACGCCUCGCCGUCCCGCAUCCCGCUCAUCGAUGACGAUGACGCGGAGGAGCGGGCGCCCGCCAGGCCGCCCCGCGCCUUGUACAGACAUGAAACCGUGGAGGCGCCCUACACCCCCGAGCCGCACGCCCGGAACCGCCACCGCAGCCCAGACAGCUGCUCCGUGUCCAGCGACGGCUCGGCCACCCAGGAGAAAACCCUGCACCGAUUCCGCCGCGACGGCGACACGGACAGCGCCAAGUACAGCUCGCCACACGGCGACGAGGACUUCUCCUUCAUGGACGACGAAGACGAUGAGAUCAGAGUCUGAGACCUCCGCCGCUUCCACUCAGAACACUAACCCGACACAUACGCCAACGUCGGACCACAAAUAUGCGCCUUUUUUGACUUUCCUCUCUGCGUGCUUGGAUGGGAUGGGACUUGGAAAGCCCUUUAUCCACCCCAUCCCUCUGACCUUCACCUCACCUUCACAACCAGGCCUUCACUAACACCCGCAGACGAUUGGCUGGCACUGCUAGUGCCAUCCACGCGGCGGUAAAGGAUGUGACAUUUCCAUAAUGGAGGCCAGCAGUCCAGUCAGCCAAUCAGAAGCCAGCGACUUUUCCUUGGGGGUCGUUCCCGGGGUCACGUGAUGCCACCUCGCUGGCUGCAACAUUAGGUACGCCGACGUCCAGCUUUGGCGACAAACACGCGUUUCCAUUUCCUACGCCAUCCGAAAUGACAACCUCGACCCGUUUGCAUCCAAAGGAGUUGCUUUUCUUCUGCUCCAGCUUUGCAACCACAUCUUUCCAUCUGUUGGCCAUCACGGCACGCUCUCGCUGCUGUAUCCUGGACGUCACGACUCGGCUUUUCUCCAGCUCUAGCUGCUGUUAGCUACAGCCUAGCCUAGAAGGCAGUAAGCUAAGUUCCUUUAGCUUUGGUGGCACGACAGACUUAGAAUGAUUGGAAAAUGAUUGAUGUCAGCUUCUACAACCACAAUCGGGGGGAGGGGGGGGGGUGUUUUUGGAAAUAUAUAGAAAUAAUAAUGCAAUAUAUUUUUGGAUUAUUGUUAUUUUAGGAUUUGAAUAUGUUUUUUAGGGGGGAAUCUGGUCUCCUCCAACUCCAACUUGCCUUUGAAAAUGCAUAGAACGUAUCCAUGAAGUAACGUUUUUAUAUGAAAAGUAGUGUCUGGAUAGUCUGACUUGUGUUCCCAAUGAUGUUGCCGGGGGUGCCUGAUGUCGUGUCAGAUGUUUGUGCAUCCAGGAUGUGUGUUAGCGGUUGUACGGCUACCAGGAGCGCCGUGUCAUGGUCUAUUUUUGGAGGUCAAAGGGCCCAAGAUGACUUGUUGGCGGAUGAUUCCAAUCCUUGGCUGGCGACUUGAUUCAUCAUCAUGCAAAAUUGCACCAAAAUGCUGUGAAAAGCCUCUCAGCUGUUCCUUUGUUUCCUGCGUGAAUUUGCAAUAAGCUGCCAAGUUGUCUGCGAGGAUAUGAGUCCAAGCAGAAGCGAGCUGGAAGAUGUUUGGACGUUUCCUUCUAUCUUCCUUCCUUCCUUCCUUCUUGCAAUAAAGCUGCUGAUAUCCAA